AUGGCUGGAUUUGCGAAAGUAUCUGAAUGGGUCGAUGAAUGCUUCGAUGAGCCGUCGUCGUCAUGUUCGUUGUCAAGAACAUCGUUGAAUGCAAGUGAUCAAGUUGGAAGGUUGGGCGGAUGGCAGUUGAACAGGCGAUUUCAAGAACAACUGCAUAAAAUCAAAUACAGCGAAUCGAGAGAAUUGGUUGUGGUCGAGAGUGGUUUGGAUUGGAAGUUGAGAGGUACGUUGAAUUUGUUAUUCACAUGCGAAUCUUUACACCACUUUCCAUCUGAUACAUACUAUUAG